AUGGGAUUCAGGAGUCAAAGUAAUGGACCUCGAGAAAAGAGCACAAGAAAUUUAUACUGCAGGAUGUUUAGUUUACGACAUUAUGAUCGUCGAGGAGGAGAUCAAGAGAUCGACCUAGGAGAUCAUGCAGAUGCCGAGGUAGCCAAGGGAGUGAAACAGUUUACUGAAAAUUUCAUAAAGAAACAGAAGAAAUUCUGUGCCAUCAUUGUGUUAAUUCUGUGCAUUUUGAAUUGUCAACGACUCGUUGCUAAGUAUAUAACAGCCUCGUUUGAGCCUCUUCCAUUUUGUCGUCUUGAUGUUCCCCACAUAAAGAGGACGUUUGUGGAUGACAUCCUCGACUGUGGCUUCGAUUGCCUUGAGAACAACUUCUGCAUUUCAUUCAACGUGGCUGGUUUUGCUGAUAGUACAGGAAAACUCUGGUGUGAGCUUCUAUCGUCCCAUUUCUACAAUAACACUGAAAAGCUCAUUGCUGAUAACCAUUCGCAUCACCUCAUGUUGAAGAAUCCUUGUACCGGACAAACUUGUUCCAGCCAUGGGAAAUGUUCACCGAUUUCAUUCAGAGACAGAAUCCAUAAAUGCAUUUGCUACCCGGGUUAUCGUGGCAGUGAUUGUGAAAUCGCGCCAGGAGAAUGUAUGAAUUACAGUGUACUGAGCGAGCCCGGUCGCCACACAUCGUUUGGAAGAGGAAAGAACUCGGACAGGUCCCUUGUGUCUGGCUGGUACAGAUUUCAAUCCAGUUCAUACACUAAAAUGCUGGACCAAUGUGUCAGUCCCCGCAAAUGUCUAACAGUCGUCACAGGUUUCUUAAACGGGCUGCACCCACUCAUCGAGGAUGGCAUUGUCGACAGGGAGGCAUGUUUCCAUGGUUAUCUAAUUGCUGCUACAGAAAAGUUAAAUUUCAUGUGA